AAAAAAAUCUCAAAUAAACAGAGGAAAAAAGUAGGAAAAAAAAUUGUUUAUAAAUUAAAAUUUAUUUUACACAAAAUCAAUUAUUGCUGGACCAGAAACCAGCUAGAAUGGCAGGCGGAUCAUCAACAAAAGUGGUGCAAGUCACCAAUAUUGCUCCGCAAGCGACCAAAGAUCAAAUGCAAGCGUUGUUUGGUAUUUUGGGAAAAAUUGAUGAAAUUCGGCUUUAUCCAUCAAUCAGAGACGUCUCAGUUCCAGUUAUAUCCAGAAUUUGCUAUGUCAAAUACACAGAAUCGAGUGCAGUGUCAGCAGCACAACACAUGACAAAUACCGUCUUUAUUGACCGAGCUCUUAUCUGUAUUCCGGUUCAGAGCAUCCCAGACGAAUACCACGCCCUCGAGAUGUCAGCAAGUGGAACUUUAGUUCCAGGCUUCGGUAAUUAUUCAUCGGAAUCAAAGCUUCCACCAGAAGUUGUCUCCCGCAUCGAAGGUCAAAUGCCAAAUCAAGUCAUUCGAACUUACGAUCCAAAACUUGAGAAAUACAAUCUCCCCGAGUAUCCAGCACUUCCGGUCAAUUAUGAUGAUCGUAAAAUUGAAGAGACAAGACGAACCAUUUUAGUCCUCGCUGUUGAGUCUGACUGGAGAUUGAAUGACUUGAUUGAUCAUUUUAAAAGAGCUGGUGAGGUGAAGUACGGACGAUUUGCUGAAACUGACAAUCGGCAAAAAAUCGCAAUGGUUGAAUUUUGUGAGCAAAAAAGUGUAAUUUAUGCACUAAAAAUGCAAGGAUCAAGUUUCAAUGGAGCACCUCUUAAUAUUCAUCACUCAACGCAGCCAAUCGUUAAGCCAGAAGCAAAGACAAAUGAGGCAGCACAGAAAGAAAUUGAGGAAGCAAUGUCAAUUGUUAAAGAAUGUCAUCAACAGAUUUCAGCUGUAAUUGAUCCUGCAUUUGGAAUUUUGGCAUCGAAGGAUAAGACUUCGGGAAGCAGAAGGUCGAGGACUAGAAGUCGAUCAAGAAGUAAGACAAGUCACUCGAGGUCCAAGAGGUCCAGGAGCAGAAAGAGAUCCACAAGCCGCACCAGACGCAAGAGAUCAACCAGCCGUCGUAAGUCUAAAUCUCGUUCAAGAAGUCGUAGCAAGCGCAGAAAGCGUUCUGUUAGUCGUCGUAAGAGAUCUCGUAGUCGCAGUAAGGAUAGACGUCGUCGACGAGACAAGCGAUCUCGUGAAAGGUCAAAGUCACGUCAUCGUGACCACAGAGCUAGCCGGAAUCGAUCCAAAAGUCGUGAACGUCGCUCAGCCUCAAAAACACGUCACCGCACGGACCGUAAAAAGCGAACUCACCGUGAAAAGCGUGAAGAACGUCGCUACUCAGUGUCACGGUCUCGAUCAAAAAGUCCACCAAAACGCUCACCAUCACAUGAGAAGCCAGUCUCAAAAAUAUCGAAAAAGCGCUCAAGCGAACGGAAAUUAUUGAAGAGAGUGUCUGAGGAACGAGUCAGAGAUUAUGAUGCUGAAGAGAAGAUUGGUUUGGAUGACAAUGGAUGUGAAAAGUCUAGCUCGAAAUCUGAUAAUAUGGAUAUAUCUCCAUAGAUUGUGAAUUAUUUGUGAGUUUUUUUUGAGGUGA